AUGUACGAUGGUCGAGAGAGCCAACAUCCACGAGCAUCUGUCCUUCUUCGACUACCCCCACCGAAUGUCUCAUUAACCCCCGAAGUACGGUGCGCCGUGGUCGGAAAUGUGGACAGUGGCAAGUCUACUAUGCUCGGUGUCUUGACAAGAGGUGGAUUAGACGAUGGGAGAGGUUUGGCUAGGGUUGCUUUGUUUCGUCACAAACACGAAGUCGAGACUGGUCGCACUUCUAGCGUGGGGAUGGAGAUUCUCGGGUUCGAUACUGCCGGAGCCCCUAUUCUACCCAAGAAGAUUACCGGAACCUCAGAUCUGGACGUCGUUCGUAGAGAGAAACUUGGAUGGGAGCAAAUAUCACUUCAAUCAGCAAAAAUAGUGACCUUCAUAGAUCUUGCUGGCCAUGAACGAUACUUGAAGACGACCCUAUAUGGAUUAACGUCCGGUUCUCCAUCGUGUGUUGUCUUGAUGGUGGGAGGCAAUGCGGGGCUCAUUGGCAUGUCCAAAGAGCAUCUAGCAAUUGCGCUAGCAUUGGGCGUGCCCGUAAUCAUCUGUAUAACUAAGAUUGAUAUGACCCCAGCGAAUAAGCUCGCCGAAACGGUCAAGCAAGUCACCAAAAUCGUAAAGAGUCCAGGAUGCAAGAAAACCCCCGUGUUCAUUGAUUCAUUGGAGGCCGCUGUGGAGACCUCCCAAGUGUUCGCAAAGGAGCGCCUAUGUCCAAUAUUCCGGAUAUCUAAUGUGACAGGGGACGGCCUCGAUUUGGUCCGAACUUUCCUCAAUCUGCUACCAGCUAGCGAGGACGAGGAAAAGUUUGAUGCCUCCCAGCCACUGGAGUACUCUGUCACUGAAGUAUGGUCCGUUCCGUACGUCGGUACGGUUGUCAAUGGUAUCUUGAACAGUGGUGUCAUCAAGAAGGGAGACACAGUACUAGUGGGACCCGACUCGAACGGAAAUUUCUUGACAACAAGCAUAAGGGAUAUGCAAAGGAAGCGAGCGGAGGUGUCCUCAGCUGAAGCAGGUCAAACUGUUUCCCUUGCUCUGAAGCGUGUAAAAAGAGCGGAUGUGAGGAAGGGGAUGGUCAUUGCGCAUAAAUCUGAGACACCACCACGAGCCCACCGGCAGUUUGAAGGCACGAUCUUGGUUCUGUAUCACAAUUCAACGUUACAGCCUAAUUAUCAGGCCAUGCUUCACUGUGGCGCUGUUCGACAAACCGUGCGCAUAGUCUCGAUAGACCAUCCACAAAACCUCCUUCGAACCGGUGACCGCGCCACAGUGCAUUUUGAGUUCAUUUCGCGCCCUGAAUUCAUCAAGGUAGGCAUGAAGCUUCUGUUCAGAGAAGGAAAGACAAAGGGUCUCGGUGUCAUUACCCGGUUAUUGUGA